UUCCGGGCACGACCCCACCAUGCUAGGAGCGCUGCGGAGGCGCUGGGAGGCCUACAAGUACCGCUUCGUGCCCUGGAUCGCGCUCAACCUCCGCCACAAGCUCAGGACUCUGCGGUUUGUGCCAGAAGCAUCUAAGGACAAAAUAGUUUCUGAUGAAGAUGUCCUUCAAAUGUUAUUGAAAACAUUUAGAUCUUUAUUUGUAAAUGACUUGAACAGACAAAUGUUCCUUCUGAAUGUAAUUCCAGAAGUUAAAUCAAAAUAUCCAGAAAUACACUCAGUGCAGUCCAAAACAAUAUCUGAAGCACUAUGCAACAGUCAAGAAAGUCAAAGAGCCCUUAAUCCAGAAGAAAUUCUGUUCAAUACGUUAGGAUUCAGCAUUACUCGACAACGCAGUUCACUGGAUUCGGCUGGAAUAGGAGUCUUUGUGGCAAAAGGGUUUGUUCCAGAAGGAACAGUCGUAUCAAUGUACCCUGGCACAGUCUAUGAAAAUCAUGAACCCAUAUUUUUUCAAUCCAUUGGCAAUCCAUUUAUAUUUAGGUGUAUAGAUGGUGUACUUAUUGAUGGAAAUAAUAGGGGAAUCUCAAAGGCUAUAUACAGGUCAUGCAGCAAAAGAGAUCAAAUUGGUCCUUUAAAAAUGUGUGAUGUCUUUUGGCUUACAACUGCUGUGCAAAAUCCGUUGGCUGUGGGACAGUAUGUUAAUAAUUGUUCAACUGACAAAGAAGCAAAUGUAUGCUAUCAGGAAUUCAACAUACCUAAAUGUUUUCCUAUAGAAUUUAAACAGUAUCUUCCAAACAUAAACUACAGCCAUGAAAUAGAGAGGCCCUUGAGAUGCGUGGUUUUGGUAGCUCUUCGAAACAUUGGUCCAGGAGAAGAACUUUUUUCAAACUAUUACACAGUUAUUUCUUGAUGGUCAACUGUUGACUUUUAUGGUAUUUAAACCAAAUGUUGUAUCCUUUAACAAAGAGUUAUGGAAGAUACAUGCAAGUAACUAUUGUUAGGUUGUGCCUGCAACUAUAUAUUUACUAAGUCAAGCUUGUUGGGUUUAUUAAUAGGGACAGAAUAUUUGGAACCUUUGGUUGACAUUUAAACUUUGUUAAUUAGUAUAGGACAUAACUUAUUUGGGAAACACUUGUUGCACAAGCACCAGCUGAAAUAAAGAAGAGUUCCACAGUGUAGUAGGAUCCAGCCUAGAGACUCCCAAGUUGUUCUCUCCCUCUGUUGUCUUUUAAUACACUAAUAUUUUGGAUUUUGAAUGGCUUUAUCAUUUCUUUUAAUAUUGUCAAAAGAAGAUUGCCCAUAUAGUUUACUUUUUUUAAAAAAACUAAACCAGAGAAAUACUUAAACUUUAGCUGCUGUGCAUUUUAUAGACUUGAUAUGUUAUAUAUGGUAACAUUCAUGUGAGGUAACUACCCUUUUAUGAAAAAUUACUUAUGUCAGACACUCAGAAACAGAAAUAGCAAAUGCAUGUGCAGAAAUAGCAUCCAGGCUGCACCUGCAAACUUUUUGAAAACAGGACCCCCUACCCACCCAUUCUCUAGACCUGUAUCUGCAGGAAUGAAUUAUAUUGGAAUCAUUAUUCUCAUCAAAGAUUUGGAAUUCUUACAGAAUAAAAGGCUGAACUGGUUUAGAUGAGUGGAUAAACACUUUGCUUUCAAAUAAAUAUGAGUUUUGAGGUUUCUGAUACAUUAUAUCCAUUAAAAAGAAAUGGAAGCAAACCUAUUAAGACUUGUGUCCAUUUUAAACUAAUUUUUAAAGCUAUGGAAUUUAGGUAGACUUCUGAAAAUAUUUUUUCCAGUGUGAUGAUAGCAAAUACUACAUCAAUACCUCCCUUGUAGGUAGGUAGUAUUGUUGAUAGCGGUUGAUAUAUCUGUAUAUUUUCUGUAGAAUAUUUUUGAUAACUGAGUACUAUCACAUUCAGAUUUACCAUAUUGCAUUGCAAAUGCAUCAUUAUAAAGAUUACGAUUUUGCAAUUUCAUCACUCAAAAAUAAAUUGCUUAGUGCAUGUAUUUGUGAAGUCCACUUCAAUAUUUUAGGCUGUAAUCCUAUUCCCAUUUAUUCAGAUGUUAUUCUUAUUAAAUGUAAUGAAGCUUACCUCUUAGCUGAUACACAAGAACACCCAGUACAUUUGGAAGCUCAGUAAAAAAAAAAAAGGGAAUUCUUGAUGGUGU